GAAAAUCCUGUUUGAAAACGGAGCUACAGUUUUCAGAUUACUACUGCUUGCUUGCUGUCCAUUUGCUGCUUGACCUCUGGCUGGAAGCAGGUGAGGAAUCGGCCGUCUGGCAGUGCUUGACUCUGCUGGAGGAAGGCCUGACCGCCAGCCCUUCCAACGCCCAGUUCAAACUGCUGCUCAUCCGAAUCUACUGCAUGCUGGGGGCCUUUGAGCCGGUGGUGGAGCUUUACUCUAGCCUGGAUGCCAAGCACAUUCAGCACGAUACCAUUGGAUACCUGCUGACCCGCUAUGCCACAGCUUUUGGCCACUAUGCUGCUGCCUCUCAAUCCUGCAACUUUGCCCUCAGGUUUUUCCACUCCAACCAGAAAGAUACCUCAGAAUACAUCAUCCAGGCCUAUAAAUACGGUGCGUUUGAGAAGAUCCCAGAGUUCAUUGCUUUCCGGAACAGGCUGAACGCCUCCCUUCAUUUUGCACAAGUCCGCACAGAACGGAUGUUGCUAGAUCUCCUCCUGGAAGCCAAUAUAUCAACAAGUUUGGAAGAAAGUAUUAAAUCCAUGGGCCUAAGUCUGGAAGAGGACGACAUUCCCUGGAAAGACCUGCGGGAUAACAGAGACCUCACCGUCCUAUUCAACUGGGACCCGAAAGAGAAGAAUAUUUCAGAAGAGCACAGAAAAUACUCCUUGGAGGAAGAGACCACGUGGUUGCGGAUUCGGUCCCUGACAUUACGGUUAAUAAGCGGGCUGCCAGCUCUUGGCCACAGCAGCCAGCCAAAGAACUCAGAAAAAACCACCGAGAAUGGCGUUUCCUCCAAGAUCGACACCGUCCGGACUCUCCUGCGGCAGCUGGACGAUACAGUGAGAUCUGGGAAGUGGUUCCUACAGAAAAAUAUUCAGUAUCCGGUCCUCGGCCCCCCUCCUUCACGGAUGGCCAGCUUCUUUGACAGUGGGAGCUGCCAGUCCCAAAUCAGCUUGUUUUAUCUAGUUAGUGAAAUUUAUGAAUUAGAUACCAAUGGCUUAGAAGAUUCCACGGCGAUUCAAGAGCGGAUAGGAAAUUGUUUCAAAUCAUUACUGGAGCAACUAACAGAUCAGGUCAAUAAAUGCAAAGGUGAUUUGUUGGAAAUCCGGGAGGGCAGCUUCAAAACCCAUCCACAUAUUUUAGAAAACCUGGUCUUCUUUGUGGAGACCAUCUCUAUCGUCUUGUGGGUCUGCAGUUACUCAGAUGCCGUCCUCCGGCCCUGGAAGUCAAGCCUGCAGAAGAAGAAAAAGAAGAAAAAAGAGAGCAGUGUGGCCAUGCCUCCAGUCUUCACCAGCUUCCAAGAUUACGUCUCUGGACUCCAGACGCUCACUUCCAACGUGAUAGAUCACCUCAAAGGGCUUGAAAUUAAUUUAACUGCACUUAAACUUGAAGAGCUGUACAUAGACAAUAAUUCACUCUUGCAG